GAGUUUUUCCGGAAAGGCCCAGCCCGGGAACUGCUCCACCAACCAUAUGGGGAGAACCGGGUCCUCCAUCACGCAUUCACCUUGAGGAGGGGCUGGCUCCAGAGGGUCCCCCAGCCCCACAGGGAACCGGGAGAGCCAGGUCGGGGAAUCGAAAGUCCCCGUGGAGAGCCGUUCGCCGCCGCUGCCAUGCCCGACAGCCCCGCCGCCCCCCGGCCGCCCGGCCCCAGCCCCCCAGCCGAUGGCAGUGGCACCACUGCCCCCACGGACAUGGGACCCCAGCCGGGGACACCCCCGUGCUCCCCUCCGUCCCAGCAGCCCGCCGUGGAGGAUGACUUCCAGUUCGUCUCCUGCGAGCGCUGCCGGAAGGAAUCGCCCAACCUCAAGCUCCUCACCUGCCUCCACACCUUGUGCCUCGAUUGCCUGAGCGAGAACAAGCCCAUUGGGCAGUGCCCCGUGUGCCGGACGGCCAUCCCGCAGGCCAGCGGCAUCCCCAACAUGGACAACCUGCUCUUCACCAACCUGCAAGCCAGGCUCAGCAUCUACAAGAAGAUCAGUGACAGCGGUGGCCCGAGCUGCAGCCGGUGCCAGGGGGAAGCGGCGACGGUGUGGUGCUCGGAGUGUGAGGAAUUCCUCUGCACCAAGUGCUUCGAGGACCACCAGUGGUUCUUCAAGAAGAGGAGCCACGAGGCCAAGAAAGUGGAGGAGCUUCGUGCCGACUCAGCCCAUCGGUUCCUGGAAGACACCAGAAAGUCCUGCAACCUCUUUUGCUCCAGUCCUGGUCAUGCCAACCAGGGCCAUAUCUCCAGCAUCUACUGCAAGAAGUGCAAGAGGGCUCUGUGCUGCUCCUGCGCGCUGCUGGACAGCCAUCACGCCCCCUUCUGCGACAUCCACAGCGAGACCCGGCGCAGGCAGGAGGAGCUGGGCACCCUCAGCCGGGAGCUGAAGCAGAAGAGAAACGGCUUCGAGGCCACCUACGCGGGGCUGAAGGAUGAGGCCGCCCGGCUGGAGCGGGUGCAGCGGGAGAUGCGGGAGCUGAUCCAUCAGCGUGUGGAGCAGCUGGUGGGGCUGAUCCGUCGGGAGGAAGAGGAGCUGCUGGGGCUGGUGGAAGCCGGGCAGGAGCAGGGCCGUCGGGAGCUGUCGAGGGAGCUGGAGCGGGUGGAGGGGGUGCUGCGGCGGAUGGAGGCGGGCGAGCAGCUGGUGGAGAAGAUGAACCUCUACGCCACGGAGCAGGAGGUGAUGGACAUGCAGCCCUUCAUCAAGGACUCCCUGGAGGAGCUGCAGCGGCUGCAGCCGCCGGUGACCGGGGACCGAACGCAGCCUGGGGACUUGACUGAGUGCAGAGCCAGGCUGCAGGCGCUGGUGGAGCGCGUCAUGGGCCACCCAGGUACUAAUUCCCAAGCUGUCCCCAUGGUCGAGGUGGCCCCAGAGAACAACCUGCAAGAGCCAGUCGAGCCCCAGAGCCAGAGCAUCUUGCCCACCUUCACCAUCAGCCUCGAGGAGAUGCACAAAAGCUCGGCUCUCCCCGUCACCAUUUGGCCCAAGCGGACAUCACAUGGCAUGGAAAGGGGCAGCCAGGUGUCACCCAAGCUGCUGAAGCUGGAGUGUGACAGCAUGCCGAUCCCCAGCGAUCCCAGUUCAAACCAGUGGGAUGGCAGAAGGGGGCCCAGCACCUCCACGCCAGACCAGAACUGCAGCAGCAUCCCGGCCGCCAACAGCCACGCUGAUGUUGCAGAAGACAUCAGCAUCGUCAUCAGCAGCUCGGAGGACAGUGAGGAAGACACGGCGGCCUCCAGCAAGCCCAAGGAUUGUAAAAAGUCCUCCAGCCCAACAUGGUCUGCGAGCGGCACCUCACCCCACUGCAGCCCUGGCCCCACCAGCCCCUGGGACAACAGGCUGGAGCCAAGCACCUUGGUAUUCCUCAGCUUGAAGGUUGAUCAGAAAACCCAGAACAUCACCGAGGUGGCAGCAGCCAAUGGAGAGCGCACCUUCAAGAUACUGAUUCAGACACCAGAGUCGGUGCUGGCGCUGCUCUCCCAAGGUGUCUCCAUGGAGGUGGGGAUGCAGAACCUACUCUGGUACCUCUCCCUGAUCCCCAGGCCCAUCCUCAUCGUCUAUAACUUCUGGACGCUGGAGCUGCCUGCUCUCUUUAAAGCCUUGGAUGCCACAGGCAGGAAAGUGGACUUCUGCCAGGUUGUGGGCGGUUACGUGGAUAUGUUGGCCUUGAUCAAGGAAAAGCUGCCCAAGGCCUCUUCCUACAGGCUGAAGAACCUGCUGAGAGGGUACCUGCAGCAGCAACUCAAUGAGGGCAGCACGCUGGCCACGGCCAAGGCCUUGCAGGACCUUUGGGGAGUCCUGGCGCUCCCUGUUCAACCCGACACGGGGAUGAUGCUCACCCACUGCAACCUGCAGAGCUACACCAUCCUGCAGACCCUGGUGCAGGAGAAGCUGCUCACCAGGAGGGCGGCCAAGAUCCUGGCCCGGCGCAACCUUAUCCUCUGGGAGCUGGAGGAGGCAUAAGCGCAAUCAUGGCAUGAGCUGAGCUGGCCAGGUCUCAGACUAACCACAGCAGGGAUGCUUACCAGGAAUGCUCUCACAGACCUUCUCCACUCCCAGCAUGGGGCUUAAAAGGUUCAGGAGUCAGGGCUAUGGGGGGGGGGGAACCCCACAAACACCCAAUCAAAUUAAUAUCUUUAUAAAAUUAAUU